AUGAUUGAUGUUUCAUAUAAUGCAAUACAAAAUGGGAUGCUACAUGUGAUCUGUUCAAAUCUUGAAAGGAUUUUGCAACGCUUGCCUAAAGAACUAGGUGCUUCUGAAUCAGUUAUACAUGUGGGACUCGCUACCUCGAUCAAGUGGCUGCAUUUCUUUAUUUAUCAGGCUGCACACAGCUUGAUGCAUGGUUUAGGAGAUGUUGACGACAUGUUCGUUCCAAUUGUCGAUGGCCUUCUUAUGCCAUAUACACAAGCAGCGCCUUCAAUUCGAGCAGUUCUUGCUGAAAUUCCUCGUUUGUUUGCGCCAUCUAGAAUAACGGAGACAAUAUUAGGGCCUGUCGUGCAGGCUGGAUUGGAUGCACUUCAGUGUGCCGAUCGUGCUGGUAAAUUGAUGAUCUUCUCUACUUCAUUGCCUACUGUGGAAGCUCCAGGGAAGUUGAAGGCAAGAAAUGAAAGGAAUUUGCUGGGCACUGAUAAAGAAAAGACUGCUCUAACCCCACAAGGAGAGUUUUAUACGAAGCUUGGCGAACAGUGUGUCAAAGCGGGUGUGACUGUGGACCUUUUCCUUUUUCCUAACUCGUUUGUGGAUGUUGCUUCUAUUGCACAGCUUUCGGCCGUAACUGGUGGAAACGUCUACAAAUACCAGUAUUUCGUGGCGGACAAAGACGCACCUCGAUUUUUGGCCGACCUCAAUCAUGACGUUUCUCGCCAGAUAGCAUUUGAUUGUAUGGCGAGAGUGCGAUCCAGUGCAGGAAUUCGGCCAGUACUCUUCCAAGGCUCAUUUUAUAUGGAAAAUACGACGGAUUUGGAAAUUGCGUCAAUAGACGAGGAUAAGACGUUCUUCGCAGAACUGAAGCACGACGACAAGCUUUCCGACCAGAAUGCAAUUAUACAGUGUGCGAUUCUAUUCACAUCCGUUAGUGGACAGCGUCGCUUGCGCAUUCUGAACCUGUGUCUUCCUGUGUCUUCUGACUACAAUCAGUUAUACCGAGUAGCAGAUCAGGGAGCGCUCGUUUCAUAUCUGUUGAAAAAUGCUGUACAAACAAACCGUGAAAAAGGUCUGAAGGAGAUGAAAGAACAAAUCUUCCAACGAUGUGCACAAAUUCUUGCAACGUACAGAGAGAAGGUUAGCGAGUCUGCCCCUCUUGGUCAGCUGAUAUUACCCGAAACAUUGAAGCUUUUGCCUCUCUUUGUUAACUCUAUUGUGAAAAACGAUUCCAUUAAUGGAGGCAGUGAAAUGACCGUUGAUGAUAAAGUAUGGAUGAUCGAGCUUAUACGCGGAAUGCGGAUAGAUCACACGAUGCUACUGCUGUAUCCAAAGAUUGCGCCAGUUGAUCACCUGGAACUGCAGGAUCCUCAGGAGAUUACGUCUAUCGCGAGCUCUGUUAGGGCAAGCUAUGAUAAUCUGUCCAACACAAAGGCGUACUUAAUCGAUAACGGAAUUGUACUUUUCCUCUGGAUUGGUCUUGGUGUUGCUGAAUCAUGGGUCCAGGAUAUCUUUGGAGUUAACAACGUCGCUAUGCUUGAUACAGAAAACGCUCACAUACCAGAAAAGGACAACCCGCGUUCAAGAGGUCUUCGUCGUGCAGUUGAUCUAAUUCAGGAGGUUGGACCACGAAAGAGGAAAUUAUUCGUCAUUCGAGAGAAAGAUGCUUUGGAACCAUGGAUGAAGAAAUUCCUCGUAGAAGAUCGCUCUGGACCGAAUGUUAUGUCCUACGUGGACUUCUUAUGCUAUAUCCAUCGUGAGAUUAGAAACUUACUCGCUUGA